UUCAAAUGGCGGCUUAACGGGGAACUAAUUGAUUCAGCGUUCUCUGAGUUCGUGGUUUACUAUGUGUUUACUCAAACCUUGAACAAUUUUCCUUACUUGCUUCAUUUAUUACGUCCUCUAGCCUGCUCAUCAAAAUUUGAAGUUUCCAAUUACUAAUUUUGUGAAGCGAAAGAGGGACAAAUAUCAGCGUACAUUAUCUGAGAUUGCGUGAAUUCUUCGGCGAGAUUCAAUCUAGCUUUGGAGAUUCCUAGCAAUAACAACAGAUGAGUUAAUGCGUCGCGUUGUGAUGAGAUGGGAAGUUAAUGAUCGCCUUCCUUACAUCUUUUGAGAUCUGAGUGGAGAUCGCAAUUUGUUCCUGGUUCCUUCUGCUGUUGUCUCGCUUGUUCCUGUCCGUUCAGCAUCGUUACGAUCAAUAUCUCCGUUCAUCAGAUUUUCGCUACACUUCACCAGUGUAAUGCAAUAAAAGGAUUUUUGAAGAGCAGACGAAAUAGCCUCUAUCAUCGGUCUUCUGUUGGCAUUGGAAUAAUCUGGCAAAGUUACCGGGACUAAUUUGUGUCGAGUAUGAAUGGAAAUGCGAAAAUUCAGGUGCAAGCCGUGAAUCCAACAAGGCAUGAUAAGUCUUCGAGUUACUCGGAUGAGCUUCCUCCGGCGUUUUCAGAAAGAGACGAUCUUGAUGCUAGAGAUGAGCUGAGAGAACGAGAGUUAGAAGAAGCUCGAGCACGAGCUAGUCAGAUGGAAAAGACAAUGCGAUGGUGGUCGGACUGCACCGCAAACUGGCGGGAGAAGUGGGGAAAAGUUCGCGCUGAACGAAACAAAGCUAGGGAGGAAAAUAGGCAGCUCAAACUGAAGCUGGAGGCUGCAGUUAAAGAAAUUUCGAACUUGAAGCGCGAAAGAUUAGCUGCUCAAGAACUUCAGUCGAAACUUGAGAAGGAGAACGAACGACUGGAGAAGGAAUUAAAGAAAGACAAGCGUUCGAUUCCCUCUGCUCGAGUUGAGCCAUCGCUCAAAGAGAACUCGCCCGAUCAUUGUGAUGGUCUCAAAAACGCUAGCGUUUAUGAAACGACAGUACCAAAAUUAGGAGCUGAGAAACAGUUUAUUGAACAAAUUCUUCAGAAGAACGAGUUUUAUGAAGGGCAAUGCGAAGAUGGAAAUGUCUUUGAAAGGAGUCAUUCUGUUCCCGCAGAGGAACGGAAAAGAAGCCGGGUGAGCUCUAAAAAACAGAAAUCCAUCGGUGUAAAGCAUGCCGAUGAGGGAAGUUCACAACAGGUUUCCCUUAUACGAAUGAAACUUGAACAAACGGAAAAACUUCUCAUCGAGGAGAGAAGUUCUAAACAGAAUCUCCUAGCGGAGUUGGAUGGCCUUCAGUCUGAUCUCGCUGCCUUAAAGCUUAAAAAUGAAGAACUCAUGGUUUCUCAUCAAGAUUAUGCACAGGAGAUUGUAAGAGUAAGAAGCAGACAUGAAAAGGAAGUUGGACAACUUAAUGCUGACUUGGAAGAAGCCUGUAACUCAACCAACAAUUCUGCAAAUGCUCGUAAAAUUAGUGAACUAAGAGGAGAAAUUGAAAGAUUGCAAGCUGAGAACACAGAAGAAUGGAGUAAAUGCGAUAAGCUGGAGAGUGAGAAGUUGGCUUUGGAGAGAGAAAACAAGAAGAUGCGACUGCAAAUUGAGGACCUAACAUCUCAGUUGACUGAAUCCAGCAAAGUAUCAAAGGGCUUAUUGAGUGCUGAUGUGAAACAGUUACAAACACAACUUGAUGAGAAGAACAGGGAGUUGCAAGAAUUAAGGCAUGCCUAUGGUAAAGUGAGAAAGCAACUUCAGGAGAAGGCUGAGGAGCUUAGUCAUACCAAAAAACGAGUGGAACAGCAUGAGAAUGAAGUCAGAAAACUGAGGACGAGGGUGGAAGAGUUGAAAGUUGAUUUGACAAAAGCUGAAGAUGAGGUUGACUGUCAAACAAGUAACAUGAAAAAACUACAGCGAAAUCUGGACGAACAAACAGAGCUUGCUGACAGUUACAAAGUUCAAUUGGAACACUUAAACUCAAGGUUGAAAGUUGGAGGAAUAGCUCCAAGUAUCAAUCCAAGAUAUAAACCCGGACAGAGGUCUUCAACCCAGCUGUCAUCAGAUGAAAGUGAGGAGGAACCAUCCUUUCAUUAAAGCAGCAAGAUGAUGGAUGCUUCUUCUAAUACAAAUACCAGUGUUUCAGUGUGGAGAGAAAGAUACAAGGAUGCAAAGUCAUUAGAGAUAUGGGGUGUCAGAUGGCCAAAAUGUUCACCUGUGGUUCAACUAGUCUCUAUGACAUGUAUGUGAGCAAUAAAUUACCAACAGUGGUAAUCUGUUCUCAGAAAACUGCACUUUUAUGAAGAAAUUUUAUUUUGUGGAGGGAUAAAGAGCUGUAGCUGUAAAGUAAGGUAUGCUUUGUUUAUACAGAGAGUGAGCAAAGCAUGAUGAAUGUUUAGUUUACUGCAAAUGCAAGGGACAAAAAGCUUUUCAUAGUUGCAGAGAAGCGUUUCAGGUGCUCAUAGUUCCUGUUUUACACCCUCCAUUUUUCCUUGUAAUGAAUUGUUAGUCAGCCAUUAUGAAUAAAGUUCUCUUUUUGUGGCAAGGUAUAGUUUGCUUACUGCCACUGACUUA